AUGUCCACCUGCCUUCUCAUUCCCCGGGCAUUGCUGGCAGCGUGUCCCUUGCCGACAGCCGUAGAGAAACAGAAAGGCAUGGCAAAGCUCAUGAAGAAGGCUCGCAAUCAACUCCAUGAUGUUCGUAAUGGUAUCGAAGUCGGCGGAAAUGCGGAUCCGGGCGGGACCGACUUGAUCUGUUAUCGCUCGAGCAUUAAGCCACUCGAGGCCGGCCCAUUCGAAAGUGCAAUACGGCGUAACCGAACCUCCGAAGAAGACUGUGUCGAGACAUUGAAGUGCCCGGCCCAUAAUAUGAUGAUGCUGCCCGCCUCCAAUGCUGCCGGCUGA